GGGAAUCGCAUCAAGAGCUCCAUUCGCUGGACCAUUUUUAUUGGAUGGAAUUGAAUAUCGAGGUGGCAUGGCUGGCUAGCAGUCGCUCCGCAGGAUGACAAAAACAACUGCAAAACGAGUAUUCCUUUGUGUCACCAUCUACUUAUUAGCACAUUUCGAAUUCACCUUGCCCUUUUCCGAAAUUUCACAAACUAUAACCCGCUUCCCCAAUAAUCCAUCAAUUCGCCGAAGGCAUCGUGCCCAAAAACAAAGGAGGAGAGUGCAGCUACCAUCUAACUUUUGCAGCGACAUUAAGUUCGAGAAUGUGUUUCGAUGCUGCGAGUUGCCGACAAUAUUGCCCGCAAACGAUUUUACAAUUUGUAGGCAGGAAAAUGAAGCUUGGUUCCAGCCACCUAGAAAACGGCCAAGACAACAAGCUGUCAAGUUCUCGCCACGGGACAACCCUUUGCUUAAGAUUUGCAUGUCUAACUGCGUCUUCCAGCGAAAUGGAUUUAUAUUGAGCAGUGGAGAACUGAAUAUGACUAGCAUUUUGGAGACUUUUGUAAGAAACCAAACUAGUGAGGAUUGGAAAAAUGUAAUUGCAGCAGGCGUGGAAAAGUGCUAUGCUCAAAUGAACAAUGCGACAAAGUAUUUAAAAAUAGAUCCUUGCAGGAUCGAAAACCAUAUGUUUCUGACCUGCAUUAGACAGUAUUUGAGUGUCAAUUGCAGCAAGGAUGCGUCGGCUGGAGCCACAAUCUAUCCAACCUGCGAAUUCAACAUGAAAAUUCUAGAAACUUGUGAUCCAUUUAUCAGGGACCCUCGCAUCGAUCUUUAUCCUCCGAUGCGCCAGCGGAAAAUGCGAACCUCUACUUCACCUGUGUAUUAUUAUUAUUACAAUUCUUACUAAUUAAUUUUGUAAAUAAAAUAAAAUUGACCUGUACAAAAUAAAAAUAUAACU